GUCAAAAAAAGUAUAAAAAUUUACUUUUAAUUAAUUUCAUACAAUACAAAAUCGAAAUAAAUCUUUGGGCUUCACAAUACAAUAAAUUUGACGCAGACAAUGGGAAUGAAUUUAUUCGGAGCCACAUUAUUAUCUUAUUUAAUAGGAAACGUUGUCUUUGUAGAAUGCGUUGAUCCUUUAAAAAUUUGCCUACCUGAUGUUGGUUGCUAUUUGGGCACGUUGAUGGCAAGUAUUAAUAAAAGGGAAAUAGAUGCAUUUCUAGGAAUCCCAUAUGCAUUUAAACCUGUUCGAUUUCGGGCAUCAAGACAUUAUUUUAGCAAUAAAACACACGAUGCUACGAAACCCCAAUGUGAUUGCAAGCACAAAAAUUAUCUUGUCCAUCAGAAACCGAUACUUGGCAGUGAAGAUUGUUUAUAUUUAAAUGUAUAUAGACCAUCUCUAAAAUAUUUCAAUACAAUACCCGUGAUAGUACAGUUCAAUGGUGUUGGUUUUUUUGCUGGAACAUCUAAUCCGCUUUUUACUGGGCCCGAUUACAUAAUGGAUAGGCAGGAUGUCAUUCUUGUAACGGUUUCCUAUCGAUUGGGUCCAUUUGGUUUUUUAGCAACUAGUGAUAAUGAAAUUCCCGGUAAUUUAGGCUUAAAAGAUCAACUUCUUGCCAUACAUUGGGUGUUCAAUCAUAUCGAACAUUUCGGUGGUGAUAAAUUUCGGAUUACACUGUUGGGACAAGGUUCAGGAGGAAUAUCAACUCAUAUGCACACGUUUAGUAGAGCAUCACGAGGUUUAUUUACUGGCAUUAUAUCAAUAAGUGGAACGGCCAAUUCAAUAUACGCCAUUGAUGAUGACCCUGAUUAUACGGCCAGACAAACCGCCAAAUAUUGUAAUGUAACAAAUUGGGAUAAAAUUAAUACGCGUAGGCUGCAUGAGAUCCUUGCAUUUAUGGACGCCGAUACUCUGCUUGAUGCCGGAGAUCAUUUAAAAUAUUGGAGUAUUGAUAGUUUUGCCACUUAUAGGCCAAUCGUUGAAUUAGAUAGGAGUGGUUCGUUCCUAGUAAAAAAUCCCAAAUGGUAUAUAGUCAAUGGUGAAAAUUGGCCAGUGGCUUCUAUGUUUGGUAUAGUACCGAAUGAGGGCGCUUUGCGUGCGGUGAAUAUUAUGGAAAAUGACAAUUUACGAAAUGAUUUCAAUAACAAAUUUUUAAAUUUAACGACAAUAAUGUUGGAACUUCCGAAAUCAUUUGAUGAUGAAAAGAAGCGUGUUCGGGUGAAAAUAUUAUUAGAUCACUAUAAUCAGACUCUUAAAUUAGAUGACAAAACAAUCUCAAAUUUUAUUCAACUUUUAUCAGAUCGUAUAUACUAUUAUCCUCUGUACAAUACUAUUAAGCAUUAUAUUGAAAGAAUCGAUCUACAUAAAUAUCCGAUUUAUUUUUAUAUUUUUAAUUUCGAUGGAGAAUCUUCAUAUGCUGAAACCUAUGCCAAUCGUCCAAUAAAGCGUGAUUAUCAAGUAGUUCACAGGGAUGAUCAAUUAUAUAUGUUUCGGACAUAUUUCCAAUUUCCGGAAGUUAAAAACAAUUCCGCCGAAGCUAAAAUGAUAAAUUUAUAUUCUCAAUUUGUAUCAAAUUUCGCUUAUCACAGACAACCACCUUUUCAUAAAAAUUUUACACGCUGCAACAGCUCUAAUUUUUUUAUAGCUUCGGGAAAAAUAUGCAAUUAUCAUGAAUUCGGAAGGGGUGAAGGUGAUUCUGUCAGGGUAACAGUUAAAAAUGAUUGGAGAACCGCUAAGAUGAGACUUUUAGAUGAAAUAAUAUUAUAAACGCAUAAACAUGUAAAUAAAUAAAUGUCUAGUCUAUAGACUAUUCUAUAGUCUAGCCUACACAUUAUUCUUUAAUCUACUCUAAAGAUUAUUAUUUAAUAUAUUGUCUAUAGUCU